AUGCUCCCGGUCUAUUUGCUGUGCAUCUUCUCGUGGCUGGGCACCCCCCAGGCGUGCAUGCCCUCCAUGCGGCUGACGAGCUACAUUCCGUCAGUGUACUGGUGGCAAUCGAACGUGACUGCUCUGAACGAAACGCAAGCGCGACGUCAAAACCCGAAACCUCAGAGACAAGAAUCGAACAGCUCCUCUGUGGAAACGACGCUGACAACUUUGACGAGUACACUGACUACAACAAGUGCUCCUCUCAUUCCGCAACUGUUACCGAUCCAACCCAGUGUCGAUACUCACCGCCGCACCGCAUAUUACCGGAUCGUCGGUAACCCGGAAAUUCCGAUGCCCAAACCUGCAUUUGUCGCUCCGUACUACCCCCCACCUGCUCUGAGACCCCCAGUGACGGAAAACCCAAGCAUCCUGUGGAAUAAAGUUCUGGCUUCCAAGCCACAGAUCAAUACUCCAUCCAAAUCUCACGAGCCGAACAACAAGUGGUGGGUUUCUGUGGCCGUCAACGCAACUCAGAGACCCCACUCGACGGCUACCGAGGGGAAGCCCAUGUUCGUGGACGUUCCUUUCGUGACAAACCCAGAUGACGUCGUAUCGGUAAGCACCGUCGACCUCCCUCCACCCGGCCGCGCGGAGGGCGAGGUUCCGACGACCGAGGACGAUUUGAUAAGUGAGUCAAGCGAAGUGAGAAAUAAGCUCCAGCCCACCGAACUGCCCGAUCCAACAUCAGUUUUGUCCACGAACACAAUUGACGUGAGCAAAGAUGUCAACCUGACGAACGUCCGGCUCGUCGAGGUGACGACACGGCGGGAUACCAUCGAGACCCAAACCCUAGCCGGGGACGUGGCGGGAACCGCAGCUGUCGAAGGCUCCGCCACCGAUGGAAUGAGCCAGACGGACGGAUUUCCAGCGCAACAGAGCUCAACGGAAUCGGCGUCGACGGAAAAAAUCGAAUUGGGUGGAAGCACGCUUUAUGCAGCCGUACUUAGCCCGAGUACGGCCAUUGUCGAAAUUUCCCCGAAUCAAUCAAUCGCAACUUCGCUCGGUGAACGACCCGCAGAUCCGAAGACCCUCACGGGCGAUUCAUCAAAUUCAACCGAGUCCGAGGAACCUGUGAUCGAGUCGGAGAGCGCGACGUCCCCCUCGCGGAGUGAGAAGGGAACGAAAUUCCCGAGACCAUUCAACGCUCACGAGGAGAUCAUAACGCAGCACUCGAAAAUCUCGGAUUCAUUUAUUCAGACGAUGCCACCAAACAGUGUCAUCCUCAUUGUUGAGGAUCCGAACGAUAAGGAACAAAUCAUGAAUGUGCUCAACACUACAACAGCAACGUCAACAACAACAGUUGUACCGACGGAGACGUCGACAGCCACGACUAUAACGACAACCGCAACACCGUCGAUUUCAACAACAACGAGUACUGAACCUCCGACAACAACGAGUACUGAGCCCCCGACAACAACGAGUACUGAGCCCCCGACAACAACGAGUACUGAGCCCCCGACAACAACGCAGGCCGAAAGCAGCACUGUGUUGGCCGAAAAGUUUAACUCGCCUCGAGACACGCCUCCCGAAGACGUGACGAACACGACCGAACGUCUCGACGUGCCGACGACGAUCUUGCAAAUCAGUAAUGACACGUAUAGGUUGUCGUCGGAUCUCCUGAACGUGACUCAGAGCGGAGCCGAUGCCGUUACGGAGCAAAUGAUCGCGGGAUCAGCCGCCGCGUCCACUGACGCCACCGUUGCUGUCGAAUCGAGUACGAGCGAAUCGAGCCGGCCCGGUCUCGGCCCGCGCGAAGGCUCCUGGGUCAAAGCGCCCGUCGGCAGCGCGAUCGCUGUCGAUACGGACAUCACGGCUAACAAGGCCUCCACGGUACUCGACGCUUUCCGCGGUUCGAUAAUCGACGUGAGCAGUACGGAAUCGUCGAAGGAAGCUAUCGACGUAUCGGAAUCCCCGUCGAGGGUGAGGAUCGUCAACGAGGAGGACGUUCUCCUCGAAAAAAUCCCGCAUUCGGUCGGAGUGAAGGAGGCGUCCCAGGGUCGGGAGGACGCAAUGCAGAGCGACACCAUCAUCAGCUCGGUGAUGCAAAUAAUCAACGCGUCCGCGGAAUCCGAAGCUCGCCGGAAAGCUUCUGAUCAGACGGUGACGCAAGGUCGCACGCGGAAACUUUCCAAUGCAGACAUUUCGUAUCGGAUCGAUUGGCAGGUGGAACCCGAAACGACCUGGCUGGCAGAGGGCGUUCUGCUCCCUAAUGGUACAUCCGUAAUUGUUCCGAAAGAAGGCAUUCGUGGAGUUCCCGGAGUUCUCCCCUUGCCCCCAGCACCGGUCGGUAUCGCUAUGCAGACUAGUAAAAUCCAGAUGCGACGUCAGCGUUUAAUAGAUGGGAAAAAAAUCCUCGUCGCAACCAUUCCUCAGGAGAAUCCGCAAAAUCCUCCUCUCGUGUACUACUACUGGAAGGAGCCGAGAACACGGCGCUACGUGCUCGUGGACGAAUAA